UUUGCGGAUGUUGAAACGACGGAUGUAAUUGCGGAGUUGAAGACGUCUGUAAGGAUUUUUUUUUAGAACUGACAAUUUUUCUUGUUUUGAUGAUGGUGUUCCAAAUUUAGUUUGCCACUGUCGCUUGUGGUUAUUAUAAUUUUGUCUUUUUAUGGGACGGGUGCCUUGUAAUUAUCUAAUGCGAGGUAUUCUGCCGCGACACUAGUCAGCUUUACUUUGAAUCCUUACAUUAGUGUGUAACCAGCUAACUCAUUGCAACUACCAUCUGACGUCCGGACAAAAUCUCUUUUUAUACGAACUAAAGACGCCCAAACCUAUGUUGCACACUUGGAAUUUCUUUCUUUUGAAGUGGGUUUUUUCUUUGACAGAGCUUUAAAAUGGAGCGGACACUGAUGCUCUGGGUAGCCGUCGGUCUGCUGGUGCAGGCGUGGGCAGGAGAUGCGUCUGUGAACGGACCGGUUGAAAGACGGGCAAACCUCAGACGGCUGCCCUAUCAUCGCGCCAGACUAAACAAAACGCCGUUGCGUUCAGACGCUCUGACUCCGACUAGGGAGAGCACUGGCAGUGAUGCUCAGUCCGUACCUGUCUCGGCGGCCAUCUCAGGAAGCAACGGGAGACAUGACCGCAUGCUGAGAGAUCAGAGUACGGGUUCUACCAGGGCUGAGCAGACUAGACGGAUGCCUCAACGCAGGAGACUGAACCAGCAAAGGGGCCCUAGCGUAACCAGCAUGGUUCAGGAUGAUGGCACUCCGGGGUCCCGUGCCAGGAUGGUCCGCAUGCCAAGCGGAGCAGGUUCUCCCAAUCUCUUGGCGAGCUUUGCAGGGAAAAACCGCGUGUUGGUCAUCUCGGCCCCGCACGACUCAGAUGGCUACUAUCGACUUAUGAUGAGCCUCCUCAAGCCGGACGUGUACUGCGAGCUGGCCGAGCGGCACGUGCAGCAGAUCGUCAUGUUCCACCAGGAGGGGGAGAUGGGGGGCAAAGUGCGCCGCAUCACUAACGAGGGCAAAGUGAUCGAGGAGCCCUUGGACACAGCCCUCAUCCCCAGGCUGAUGAACUUCCUCAAGCUGGAGAAGGGUAAGUUUGGGAUGGUGCUGCUGCGGAAGACCUUGCAGGUGGAGGAGCGAUACCCCUACCCGGUCAGACUGGAGGCCAUGUACGAGGUGAUCGACCAGACACCCAUGCGAAAGCUGGAAAAGACCAGGCAGAAAGGAUUUGUGCAGAAGUGCAAGGGGGCAGGCGUUGAGGGCCAGGUUGUGGAAGGUGGUGGCACUGGGACCUCCAUUUCAAACGCUCCAGUGGACAUACCUGUAGAAAGGAAGCCGGAGAGGAAGGAGGUGCGUAUCCCUGUGCGCCGACCCAUUCAGACCACCCCUGCCCCGAUAACGACCACCACCACUACAACAACAACCACGACAACGACAAGGCCGACAACUACCACCACAACCACACGCCCUACCACAACCACACGGUCAACCACCACUACCACCACAACCACCACCACCACCCGUCCUACAACAACUACCACCACCACUUCUCCCCCUACAACCCAGAGACCCAGCAAAGUCCAGACACCACCACACUGGAUUCCCCCUCUCAAAACAACAGCUGAACCUCACCACUACCCUCCUAUGAAAGACCAUCGUAAGGGUAGACACCGCCACAAAACAACCCCUUAUCCUACACCCCCCACUGAGUACUACACCAAAGCCUACACUGGACGUUAUGGAGACAACCGAACAGACAAAAAGGAUUACAGCCAGAAACAAGCCGUUAUCAUGCCGACUCAACACAAACCUGCCAAAGCCAAGCCACCCAAGAAAAAGAAUGGCGGAAAGGUGCUGAGCAAUGAAUAUGAGGAUAAGUAUGACGGAGGUGGGCCUACAGCUGGAGACCCGCAAGGAACCGAGCUGGAAGUUUUUCCCACAAAGAGAGGUAAAGGCAAGCAUGACAAAACUGAGAAGAAGAAGAAAAAGUCAGACAAGACAGAGAAGUUGGCCAGAAGGCAUAAACCAGAUAAGAAGACAAAGGCAGCUAAAGAGGGGAAGGGAGAAAAUCGCAACAAAAAAACUGGAAAGAAGUCUUCCAAGAACCGGGAUAAAGAUGACUUCCAGAAGCCCCCCAAGAAAUCACUGCCCCCCAAGGGCACUUUGGCCACCUUCCUGGACUACUUUGAAAAUAGAAGACGGCUGAUUCUGAUCACCUCUCCUCAUGAGGAGAACAGCAUGUAUGUCCAGCAGAGGGAUGAGUACUUGGAGCAUGUGUGUGAGAUGGCCAUCAGGAAAGUCUCUAUCAUCACCAUCUUUGGCACCUUGACCAACAGCACCAUGAAAAUUGACCACUACCAGCUGGAGCAUGACAAACCUAUGAAAGGCUUAAAGCAGGAGGACCUUGUGAACCAGGACCUUAUCAUCGAGCUACGGAAGGAGUUUAGAAUGACAUACGAGGAUUUUUACAUGGUGCUGACCGACUUCGACAUGAAAGUGAAGCAAUUCUAUGAAGUGCCUAUUGCCAUGAAGGCUGUGUUUGAUUACGUCGACACGUUCUCGUCACGAAUCAAGGAGAUGGAGCAACAGAAGAGGGAUGGGGUGAUGUGCAAGAAAGAAGACAAACCCAGAUCUUUAGAGAAUUUCCUCUCAAGGUUCCGCUGGAGACGGCGGCUGUUCAUAAUAUCUGCCCCCAAUGAUGAGGAAUGGGCCUAUCAGCAGCAGCUCUACGCCCUGACCAGUCAGGCUUGCAAUCUGGGCCUGCGUCAUGUGUCUGUUCUUAAGCUGGUUGGGGUGGACACGGUCGACAUGGGUGGGGUUCUGGAGCUGUACCCCAUCAAUGGAAGCGCAACCGUGGAGCGCGAGGGCAUUCCGGCCUCCCUUGUGAGGGACAUCAGGAACUACUUCCAGAUUAGCCCGGAGUAUUUCUCCAUGCUGCUGGUAGGAAAGGAUGGCAACGUCAAGUCCUGGUACCCCUCCCCAAUGUGGUCCAUGGCCAUUAUCUACGACCUGGUGGACUCCAUGCAGCUGCGCAGACAGGAGAUGGCGAUCCAGCAAUCUCUCGGCAUGCGCUGUCCUGAGGACGAGUAUGGCGGCUAUGGUUACCAUCACCACGGUUACCACGAUGGCUAUCAGGAUGGCUAUCACCAAGGCUAUGGUUACUGAGGGGUGCACUGUAACCUUUGAUCCUCAGCAGUUUGUUCAGUGAGAGUAUGGACAGGGCCAAAAUACCAGUUCCCACCCUUUAAUUCUUGUCUUUUUUUUUUAAAUAUUAACCACCCAGCA